AUGUCGAGGCGGCAUUCUCCGGAUAUCGUCAAUGUCGACGAGGGGAGAAACAAAGAGAUUCAGAAAAUUAAAACCGGCCGACUAACGAUGAAAGAUUUCGCCGAUGAUACCGAACUGUUUGAAGCGUCGUGUAGCAAAGCGGCUCUUGUGCUUCCGGACGACGUGCGGAAUGGGAAGGCGACGAUCGGAAAAGACGAUCUCAAGACGCUUCAUCACAUUCUUUGUGGCGAAUCGUCGAAAAUGUACGAUUCGGAUGAUAGUCUAAUUUCGGAAAUUGAUUUUAUGGACGCCGAGCAGCUUGCCGAGGGAACGGCGAAAAUUCGAGAAAAUAUGGAAUUUGUGGCGAGAAUCGAUUCUGACACGGACCUUCUUAAGCGAAUGCUCAAAAGGAGUGACAAUCGAAAGACGGCGAAUCGAAAAAGGAAAGAGUGUGAGUACGUCGAUGUUGAAGUGAAGGCGGCGGGAAAGAAGGCGAAAAAAAAUUGUCAGAACAUUGACAAAUUCCUGAAGAAAAUCGUGCCGAUUCCGACGAGUGUUCAAAAUGUCAAAAAUUAUAUAACGCGCGAGACGUUGUCGGCGAUACUCGAGAUAUUUGCGGACAUUGCCGAAAAAAAUCCGGAGGCGAAUCUACGCAAAAUCGAUUCCGAUGAGAUUAAGAAGCGAAUGAGAAUGUAUGGAAUUGAUCAGAAAUUUUAUACGGAUGAUCUCGAAAUGGUCGAAUAUGUCAAAAAUUCAAUCGGAAAAGUGCUCGGCAAUAAGAAUAUUACGAGAAUCUUCUAUGGCGAUGAAUUCGGAUUCGAUUUCGCUUUGAAAGAUUGCUUCUGCGCCCUUGCCAACUACUACGGAAAACCAAUGCCAAAUAUGAACGACGACGGGACAUCGAUAAAUCCGCUCUCAAUUGAUCUCAACAAACUCACAAAAUCGGCAUUUCUCGUCAAGAAGCAGUCGAAUCGCACGUUUGCGCCGUGCGAGAAGCUUCGCGACAUUGUUUUAGACCCGAGCAUUUGA